AUGGCCGCCGCACUCACGAAGACCAGCCGCCUCAAGGCUCAUAGCUUUUAUACCUCAAACUACCUACUCUCCAAAAGGGGCCUCAAAUUCUCCACACCCGACCCGGUUACCAGCACACGCGACCACCAACACAAACGGGUAACCGUUUUCGCGCGCUCCAUUUUUAGGAAGGCGAAAGCGACGGACUUUUCUACUCCGAUCUCAAUUUCUUCUAAAUUUUCGUCUAGGGCUUCGUCUUCUUCCGAAAAAUCCGGGCUUGUGGGCUGGUACUUGGGGAUGCUCCGGACCCGACCCGUUCCCACCAAAUGCAUCACAUCGGCCCUCAUUUACGCCGCCGCCGACAUUUCCUCACAGACGAUUGUGAGUGAGAAUUUGGAGGAGGGCUAUGAUUUGAAAAGGACUUUGCGUAUGGCUGGAUAUGGGUUAGUGAUAUUAGGUCCUUCAGUGCAUUAUUGGUACAAUUUCAUGUCUAGAGUGUUUCCAAAGACUGAUCUUUUAUCGACUUUAAAGAAAAUGGCUUUGGGGCAGACGACUUACGGGCCGGCCAUGACGGCCGUAUUCCUAUCGACGAAUGCUGCUUUACAAGGUGAAAGUGGUUCGGAGAUUGUUGCCAGGUUGAAACGUGAUUUGCUCCCGACUAUCAUAAAUGGUUUGAUGUACUGGCCGUUUUGCGAUUUUGUGACGUUCAAAUUCAUCCCGGUUCAUUUGCAGCCACUGGUAACCAACUCAUUUUCGUACCUAUGGACCAUUUACAUGACUUACGUAGCAAGCUUAGCUAAAGUCGGCACAAGUUGA